CAACCUGCCUCAGCUCGGCUCCGACUGCGAAAUACUCGUUAGUCCAUUUUUCUCAUAAAUUUAAAAACUAAAGUGACACGAUGUCGAGGAUGGGGACGAUCGGUUUUGCAUUACUGCUCGCGGUCACGGGCUCUGCUGCACUCGCUGAUCGCAGUUUAGUUUUCGAUCUGACCUUCGUCAUUUCGGGAUCAAAUCUCGAAUGGCCAGGAGCUAAUACCAAAAAUAUUUACAAAACGAGCGGACGUUACGCCCCUCGCAACAUAAUAGCGACGAGAAAUCAGAUUUACAAGGACGAGGCUAUCGUCGUAUUUCCACGUUGGAAGCCUGGAGUCCCCAUUACACUCGGCCUUGUUAAACUCACGAAAAAAGGAUCUUCCGGUAAACCUGUUGUCUCACCCUUUCCAUCCUGGGCAUUGCAGGAAGAGGGCAAUUGCAAAGCCCUUCAAAACGUCGUGGACAUUGUUCUCGAUGUUCAAGACAUUGUUUGGGUACUCGAUGUCGGUACGGUCAACACUCUCGAAAAAUCGCUUCCCUAUUGCUCACCCAAAGUUGUGGCCAUCAACGUCAGAACUGGCAAGGUGUUGAAGUCAAUCGAUUUGCGGAUGUGGAUAAGCCCAGCAUCGCGUCUCCAGUAUCUAGCAGUAGAUUAUGCGAAAGACGGGGGGAUUUUUCUGUACAUUUCGGACGCAUCGACACGUGCGAUUAUUGUGUACGAUGUGGCAGAAAAUCGGGGUUUCCGGGUCGUCCUCCCGAAAGCGGUAACGCAGGAGAGCUCCCACAGGGAUGUUUUGUACUUAAGUCUCCUCCGGAAGAAUUCCGGAGCUUCGGUUUUGUAUUUCACCUAUUUAAGCUCAAACAGAAUGUACAGCAUUAAAGUGGAGAAUUUGAGAUCGGGGGCGGCCAGCAGUUCGAUAACCGACGUCGGCCCGAAGCACGCGAAAAUUGUCAUCCUCGGGACUGACGACGGAAGCGCUAUUUUCUUCCGGAAGAAAGGACAUUCGGACAUUUUCAUGUGGAACGUUGAAACUAAAUUUUCGACGGAAAAUUUUAUUCUCGUGCAAAAAGGCAACGAUAAUCGUUUGCCAACCCAAGUCGCUCCUGGCUACAAAAGACUCAUGUGGGUACUCGAGAGCAAUUUUCACGAUUACUUGCAAAAUACUGUUGGCUGCCCAGGCCCUUCAGUUCUCUUACAUCCUCUCCUCAAAUCGGCCGAGUACUUGUGAGCUAAAGGUAUAAUUAUGAAGGCAAAAACUUCAUAAUUACUCGAUUAUUGAACAUUUCAAUGCGGCUGUCCUGCAUCGAAUGAAAAUAAAAAGCCUCAAGUUCAACAAUCACCGUUUCAUGCGAAAUAACUUUGUGCGAUGUUCAUCAUAUUUUUCAUUUUUAUAAGUAACCUUGGAACGAUCGAACGAUCUUUUUUUCGAAUGUAUACAGCCACGAGAGAAAAAAUCAUUGAAUAAAAUUUU